CAACCAAUAAGCUUGAUUUACCAUCGGGCCGUGUAGAGGUUAUAAAGCUACAACCCAUUUGAAUUGUAAAAUCUUAACCUUCUAUAUAUAUAAAUUUUUAGACACCCUCCGUUUGAAAUCUAUAUGAGGCGUAUGCAGGGGACCGACCGCACCGCAAGGCCUGGAACAUUGGAAGCCACUCCUUAAAAAAGUCGACAUAUUCUGUGAUUCUGCCAGCCCCAGGACCAUGUACAAGUAACAAAAAAGUCAUACAUAUGUGUAACCGUUUCUGUUGUGUAACACGGCAAGUAGGGCGCAUCCAGAGACAGAUUCUUGUGUUGUGUGUUUCUACUCUCACGUGUGCGUCAAUCCCUCGAUAGCUUGCUGUAAAAUAUAAGAGCCUUGUGAGCCUUUCACCUUACAGAGUUCACCAAGCCUUCCUGUCCACAUUCCCAAUUAGGUCUGGCAGAAAAAGAUAUAUUGGCAGCCAAAAGCUUAAGCGCCCUCCAAUGAAGGAACCGGUGCUUGAAGAGAUGGAGAAUGCCGGAGGGUUUGGCAAUGGCUUUCAUGGGGUUGGUGAAAAAGAUGAUUUCGACCCAAGUGCGCCGCCUCCAUUUAAGAUAGCUGAGAUCCGAGCUGCCAUUCCAAAGCACUGUUGGGUGAAGAAUCCAUGGAGGUCUCUGAGUUAUGCUCUCAGGGAUGUCUUUGUGGUUAUUGCAUUGGCAGCAGCAGUAAUCUACUUCAAUACUUGGAUCUCUUGGCCACUCUACUGGGCUGCUCAGGGAACAAUGUUCUGGGCUUUAUUUGUUCUUGGACAUGAUUGUGGCCAUGGAAGCUUUUCUGACAGUCCCGAGCUGAAUAAUUUGGUGGGGCAUAUCUUGCAUUCUGCAAUUCUUGUACCCUACCACGGAUGGAGAAUUAGCCACAGAACUCACCACCAGAACCAUGGGAAUGUCGAGAAUGACGAGUCAUGGGUUCCGUUGACUGAGAAGUUAUACAAGAGUUUGGCUUACAGCACCCGAUUGCUGAGAUUCACAGUGCCUUUUCCCUUGUUUGCAUACCCUUUUUACUUGUGGAGUCGAAGUCCAGGAAAGGAAGGUUCCCACUUCAGCCCAUAUAGCAAACUGUUCGCACCCAAUGAAAGGAAAGAUGUGAUAACUUCAACCUUGUGCUGGUCUACAAUGGCUGCUCUGCUUAUCUAUUCAUCCUAUGCAAUAGGCCCCAUCCAAAUGCUAAAGCUUUACGGUGUUCCCCACUUGAUUUUUGUAAUGUGGCUGGACCUUGUGACUUACUUACACCACCAUGGCUAUGAGCAGAAGCUUCCUUGGUACCGUGGCAAGGAAUGGAGUUAUCUAAGGGGAGGGCUCACAACAGUUGAUCGAGAUUAUGGAUGGUUUAAUAGCAUCCACCAUGAUAUUGGCACCCAUGUUAUACAUCAUCUCUUCCCUCAAAUCCCACACUAUCAUCUAGUGGAAGCGACUAAUGCAGCCAAACCAGUGCUUGGAAAGUACUAUCGGGAGCCAAAGAGAUCUGGGCCGUUCCCAAUUCACUUGAUCAAGAAUCUAGUAAGAAGCAUUGCAGAAGACCACUAUGUCAAUGACGAUGGAGACAUCGUCUACUAUCAGACUGACCCUGAGUUGUUCAAAUCUUCCAACAGCAAGUCUGACUGAUUCUUUCAGAGCUCAGUUGAAGAUGUAGUUUUGCCAGUUGUUUGAUUACUCUGUUUCUAGUUCAGAAUUGGUCAAUUGAUGUCUGUGAUAAGCUAGGGAGACUUCAAUUUGUUUCUUUUAUUUCCGAAAUUAUGAGAUCCUCUUCUUUUCUCCACAAGGGAGAAAAUGAUUUUAUGUUAUGAUGGAUUUUCAAAACAGUUGUAUUUUGAUGAUAAAGCAUACCUUUCUCUUA